AUGGACACGGGUGGGCAUGGACACGGGUGGGCAUGGACACGGGUGGGCAUGGACACGGGUGGGCAUGGACACGGGUGGGCAUGGACACGGGUGGGCAUGGACACGGGUGGGCAUGGACACGGGUGGGCAUGGACACGGGUGGGCAUGGACACGGGUGGGCAUGGACACGGGUGGGCAUGGACACGGGUGGGCAUGGACACGGGUGGGCAUGGACACGGGUGGGCAUGGACACGGGUGGGCAUGGACACGGGUGGGCAUGGACACGGGUGGGCAUGGACACGGGUGGGCAUGGACACGGGUGUGCGUAUAAAAGAUAUUAACCUUCAACCUGACAUUUCAUCCAACAGUUAUAGCUGGUUUUAUCGUUUCAUUCUUUGUAAACAAAUUCCAAUAUCAUUUUUGAAUACAAAGAUCUCUUGA